UCUUCCUCACAAAUCUCCGUCCCCAAAAGCAAAUCGACGUUGUUCGCUCUUACAUGGCCAUUUCCCUCUACAACACUACACUUCCAUUUCUUUCUCUUACAACAACAACUCUCAACUCAUCAAAAUCCACCCUAACAUCAAUCCUCACAAUCACAAACCCAACAACACGAUUUCAGUUCCCAAACAUCGCAAUGAACUUGUGCACCACCAAAUCCGAACCCUCAGCAUCUUCUUCGUCAAUGCAACACGUGCCAGAGCUAGAUUCUAACGAAAUGGAACGUGUGGCAAACCAAACAUUCCAAAGGUACACUUCCAACAAUACCAAGAGGAGUGGUAAAGGUACAGCAAUCGUGUGGUUUAGAAACGAUCUCAGAGUUUUGGAUAAUGAAACUCUCUACAAGGCUUGGCUUUCCUCACAAACUUUAUUGCCUGUUUACUGUAUUGAUCCUCGGCUAUUUGCAACCACUUACCAUUUCGGAUUUCCAAAAACUGGAGCAUUGAGAACACAAUUUCUCCUUGAAUGUUUGGAUGACUUGAGGAAGAAUCUAAUGAAACGGGGACUUAAUUUGCUUAUUCAACAUGGCAAACCUGAAGAUAUUCUUCCUUCUCUAGUUAAAGCUUAUGGAGCUCAUACAGUUUAUGCACAGAAAGAAACUUGUAGCGAAGAGUUGAAUGUUGAAAGGUCUGUAAACAAUCGUCUUCAACAAGUGGUGGUACCAUCUAAUGGAUCUGCUGGGGCGGCAACAACUUCUAACAGCCACCCCAAAUUACAGUUUGUUUGGGGCACCACUAUGUACCACCAUGAUGAUCUUCCUUUUGAUGUCCCUUGUUUGCCGGAUGUUUAUACUCAAUUUCGUAAGACUGCUGAAGCGAAAUGUGUCGUGCGCUCAUGCAUCAAACUGCCAACAUCACUUGGACCACCUCCCCCAAUUGAGGAUUGGGGAUGUCUUCCUUCAUUGGAGCAGCUGGGACUUUCCUCACAGAAUGUUAACAAGGGGAUGAAAUUUGUGGGGGGUGAAACUGCCGCAUUGAGCAGAAUAUAUGAAUACUUUUGGAAGAAGGAUUUACUAAAGGUAUAUAAAGAGACCCGAAAUGGGAUGUUAGGGCCUGAUUAUUCUACUAAAUUCUCGCCAUGGCUUGCAUCCGGAAGCUUGUCUCCUCGUCUCAUACACGAAGAGGUGAAGAGAUAUGAGAAUGAAAGACAAGCAAAUAGUUCUACCUACUGGGUUUUGUUCGAGUUGAUAUGGAGGGAUUACUUUAGGUUUUUAUCAGUCAAAUAUGGAAAUUCACUUUUCCAUAUAGGUGGACCUAGAAAUGUUCAGAAAAAUUGGAGCCAAGACAAGAAAUUAUUUGAAUCCUGGAGAGAUGGUUGUACAGGGUAUCCUCUGAUUGAUGCAAACAUGAAAGAAUUAUCCACUACAGGAUUUAUGUCGAACCGUGGACGGCAGAUUGUGUGUUCCUUCCUAGUUCGUGAUAUGGGCAUAGAUUGGCGCAUGGGAGCAGAAUGGUUUGAGACAUGUCUUUUGGAUUAUGAUCCAUGUUCUAAUUAUGGAAACUGGACUUAUGGAUCAGGAGUCGGGAAUGAUCCCAGAGAAGACCGAUAUUUCAGCAUACCAAAACAAGCACAAACAUAUGACCCAGAAGGUGAAUAUGUUGCAUACUGGUUGCCACAGUUAAGAGCAAUCUCAAAAGAAAAAAGGAACUUUCCUGGUAAUUUAUACAUUCGUCAAAUUGUGCCUCUCAAGUUUGGAACGACUAGUAGACAUAAUAAUGGAGACAAGUCACUUGGUGCAAGAAGAGGUAAUGAUAGAGGAAAUGAACGAAGAUGGAACAGGAGAUAAAUUUGGAGGAACAAGGGAAUUAGAAGCAUGGCCACCUGUUAUAUCACUGUAUCUCACACUUCUAUGCAUACCAUCAUCCUCAGUGGGAUGUGGAGAUCUUCUAAAUGAUAGAUAGGGUAGGCUUUGUCUACCUGGAGCGUAUCAAAAGAUGGUAAGAAAGUUUGUGCCCCCGUUGAAAUUGAAGUAAUCCAUAUCUAUAUGAUAACUUUUUUUUUAGACAAUUUUUAUAUAUUGUAACUUUUUUUUUGACAAGAUAUAUAUGGUAAGUUGAGUAUGGUCAAUUUUUAUUUUAUUUUUACAAGCAAACUCAUCAUACAUAUCAUUCGAUUGUAAAGAAUCUGUACAAGAUGGUACACAAUAUCAACAAUCUAGGAACUAGGCUCAUGGCUUAUGGCUUAUGUGACCAAAUUAUAGUUAAUCUCCUAAGACUGUGACUGAGGGAUAAUAAGGUGAAUACAUAUCACCAAUAAGAACUCCUAGCUCAUAGAUAUGAUUCUUAUGGGAAUGAACUUAUCAACAAUGUUGCACA